AUGGCAACAUCGUCAUCGUCGUUGUUGUUUCUUCUCCUUUCAACUCAGCUAGCACUCACUAUUGUUCUUCUUCUUCAAUCUUUCCUUUCACAUGCAAAUUUAGAUGCUUACUUUCUCGCUUGCCUCUCAAACAACACAUGGACAAAUCCAUCAGCUCCAAUUAGCGUCACCGGAGCACUCUACACUAGCGACAACUCAUCCUUCUCCGACAUCCUCAACCUCCACAUCCACAACAAGAGGUUCAACAGACCAAACACACCCAAACCCGUCGCCAUUAUAACCGCUUUCCAUGAAUCUCACGUUCAGGCAGCGGUUAUAUGCUCCAAAGCCAGCAACUUUCAGCUCAGAAUCCGAAGCGGCGGCCAUGACUUCGAAGGAUUCUCCUUCGUAUCAGAUGUUCCCUUCCUUCUUCUCGACAUGUAUAAUCUUAAAUCCAUUGACGUCAACAUCCAAAACGGCACCGCUUUGGUUGAGGCUGGUGCAACACUUGGCCAGCUUUAUUACAGAGUCGCACAGAACAGCCACGUUCAUGCCGUUGCUGCCGGAGUCUGUCCUUCUCUAGGCACCGGCGGCCACUUCAGCGGCGGUGGCUACGGCAACCUCAUGAGAAAAUAUGGUCUCUCCGUGGACAACAUCAUUGACGCAAAAAUCGUCGACGUAAAUGGUGAUAUCCUUGACAGAAAAUUAAUGGGGGAGGAUCUGUUCUGGGCCAUAAGAGGAGGUGGAGGUGCCAGUUUCGGUGUGAUUCUCUCAUGGACGAUCAAGCUGGUGGCGGUUCCUCCAUUGGUGACGGUGUUCAAGGUGAAUAGGACCUUGGAACAAGGCGUCAUAGACAUUGUUUACAAAUGGCAACAAGUUGCACCGAAGCUCCACAGGGAUCUUUUCAUCAGACUCCAACACGAGGUGCAUCACAAGACGGUUCAAGUUACCUUCAUCGGCGAGUUCUUGGGACGAAUCGAUAGACUUUUGAGAUUGAUGAAAAAAAGUUUUCCUGAACUGGGAUUAACCAAAAGUGAUUGCUUUGAAUUGCCUUGGGUAAACAGCACACUUUUCUAUGCAGAACAACCAAUCGGAACUCCAGCAGAAACGUUGCUAUUCGAAGCAAAAUACCCUGCUCAGUAUUAUUUCAAGAGCAAGUCAGAUUAUGUGAAGAACGUUAUUUCGAAAGAGGGAUUGCAAUCUAUAUGGAAGAAGUUCAUUGAGAGUGAGAUAAUUAUUAUGCAAUGGAACCCAUAUGGUGGAAGAAUGUGGGAGAUUCCAACCUCAGCUACUCCGUUUCCUCAUAGAGCAGGGACUUUGUUCAAGAUUUUGUACUACAUAAUUUGGUUACAAGAUGGAGAAUAUGUCACUAAUCGUAACUUGAAUGUAUCAAGGUCUAUGUAUGAGUUUAUGACUCCUUUUGUUUCCAAAUCGCCAAGGGAGGCUUUCUUUAACUACAGGGAUAGAGAUAUUGGAGCCAAUUCAAGCAAUGGAACAACCAACGUUGAUGCCGCUCGAAUUUAUGGAGCCAAGUUUUUUAGACAGAAUUUUGAUACAUUGAUGCAGGUUAAAACCAGAGUUGACCCUGAGAACUUUUUUAGAUAUGAACAGAGUAUACCCACUGAAAUCCUUGUUCGUCUCCCCCUCAGAGAUGUCAUAACCUUCAAAGGUGUCUCCAAGCGGUGGCUCUCUCUCAUCUCUGACCCUUACUUCUCUCGCCGCCGCGCCACCUUCCAAGGAACAAGAUUCUCCGGUUUGAUCCUUGAUCCCGACGUCGUCAAUCCUCAACAUCGUGAAUUAACAUUUUUCUACUUCAAUAAGAAGAUUCGUAGACCGUGCCGCCGCCGGCGCAUAUUCUGUCCCAAAGUUCCCGAUAAUUGCUCAUCUAUGUUACAAUCUUGCAACGGCUUGAUGCUUCUCCGCCGAUUCAAUGACACGUUUAUCUAUAAUCCCACCACUGGAGACAAGAAACCCUUGCUCUCGCCCUUUCCAUCGUUUGAUGAAUCAGCUUCCCCGGAGUACUCUCUGGCUUUUGAUCCCUUGCGAUUUCUCGGUUAUAAGCUGAUCUGCAUUUUCCCUGGCAAAUCUUCAAAGAAAGAUGGCUACCAAACCAUGAUUUAUUCCUCGGAAUCCGGUACCUGGGAGCACUGCGGUUCUUCCUUCUCGGCUCCCUUAGACAUGGAUUUUGCACAUGGUGUUUAUUUCAAGGACUCAGUUUACUGGAUCGGUAACAAAAGCAAAACGACGCUGCGUUUUGAUCUGAAAACAGAGUACGUGAAGGAUGACAUGCCUCCUUUGCCUCCGGCGCCUCAAAAUAUUAAUGUUGGUGGCUCUAGUGACGUGAAACUUCCCUUAAAACGAGCUUAUGAUGGAUAUGGAUACAUUCUUGCACCUGCAUGCGGUUACAUGAAUUUAGUUGGAGCUGACUUUGAAUUCUGUAUGCGCGUGUUCCGGUUGAAGGAAGAUGAUUAUUCUUCAUCAAAGUCAUGGGUUCUUAUGCACAGCGUUGAUCUUCGACGUACAAAUCUUAAACGUGUUUUGAAUACAGAUCCUGCUGGAAACUACAGCAUAAUCCAUCUCAUUAAAGAUGGUGAAGAUGAUGAGAUGGCUUUGUUUGUGCAGGUAGAUGGAAAAGUUAUUGCUCUGCGAUUAAAGGAUCAUACCCGUUAUGAUGUGAUUGACUUUGACUUCAAAAUACAAGAAAAUUUCCGUCGUUAUUAUUCUUUUCCAGGAGUUAUGGGAUGGUACAGAGCCUUUGAGUACGUUGAGAGCUUAGCUUGUCUUUAAACAUAGAUCUUUUAGCUUUUGCUUUACUUUUGAUUUCAUCUUGUGUAACACUUUUUAUUUAAUAGAUUUUAAUUUUAUGAUUUAUUGAUUUAUUUA